AUGGCGAUCGAAUGGUUAGAAUGGCAAGCGUACAGUCGCGGCAUUAGUAUCAGACACGAGUACAACAACACGGAGAAAAGAAUUGGCACUCGUCGUCUCCCUGUUGACGGUUUUCACGCUGAAUCACAAACGGUGUUUCAGUUUCAUGGUAAGUUGUUGUUUUAGUGUAAUUAGUUAAGAUUAAAUUAAUUAGCUAGGAUUAAGUUAAUUGUGUGGGAGUGAGCUAAUGAGUUUUUUAGCGAUUGCGUGGGCUUGUAGGAUAACUUUAUUUUUCUUUUGUAGGUUUAACUGUAUUGCACUUUAUUUUAAUAGGUUGUUAUUGGCAUGGGCACAACUGUCAUCUGAACGAAGGGAAAGAAGUCAACGAGAAGCGUGAUAAGCCGAUGAAGGAACUCCUUGAAGAUACCCAAAGAAACAGCGCCUAUAUCACGAAGCAGGGAUUCAAUCUCGUUGAAUGUUGGGAGUGUGAGUGGCGAGAGAUGAAGAAACGAAACACCGCGCUGCAACGAUUCAUUGCCACGCAACUUCGCCGACCCCUAGACAAAGUAAAAACGAUGACAACUCGAUCAAUUGUCAACGCUGUGAAGAAUGAUGCGUUAUUUGGCUGUGUCGAGUGCGACAUCCACGUUCCUGAACACCUAAAAGACAAAUUCUCCGAGAUGUGUCCCAUCUUCAAGAAUACCGAAAUACGUCGAGAAGACAUCGGUGAGUUCAUGAAGAGCUAUGCCGAAGAAAACAACAUCAUGCCCCGACCUCGGCGGAGUCUCAUUGGAAGUAUGAUCGGAAAGAAGAUAAUGUUGGCAACUCCUCUUCUAAAAUGGUAUUUAGAACAUGGUUUAGAGGUACGUUUUAAAUAUUAAAAAUUUGUAAAAUUGCAGGAGAAAAUGUUUAACAAAUUGUAUUAUCGUUUUAGGUAACACACGUCUACCAGAUAGUCGAGUAUACCCCUAAGCCAUGCUUCAAACCUUUCGGUGACGCUGUAUCGGAUGCUCGUCGUGCUGGUGAUGCAGACCCCUCCAAAGCCAUCAUCGCGGACACGAUGAAAUUGGUCGGGAAUAGGUGAGUUUUAAAAUCACGCUGUCGUGACGUAUUCAAGAAAUACUCAUUUUUUGUAUUUCUAUACAGCUCAUACGGGAAGACCAUCACCAACAAAGAGCGUCAUCGCAAGGUGGAUUACUGCAACGAUGAUGAGGUUUCUGAAUUAAUCAACUCACCAUUCUACCGCCAAAUGAACGUGAUCGACGAUGACACCUACGAAGUGGAAAGUGCUAAGAAGAAAAUAAAGUUGGACUUACCACUACAGGUAUGUAUUGCAUGAUCAUUUUGUCAUUAGAAAUAUAAAUUAAUAUAUUAUUCUUAUUUCACAGGUGGGGUUCUUCGUGUAUCAGUAUGCGAAACUCCGAAUGUUACAGUUUUACUACGACUGUUUAGAUACAUACCUUGACCGUUCCGAUUAUGAGUAUUGCGAGAUGGCUACAGACAGUGCCUAUAUCGCUAUUAGUGGUGAAAGUGUUGAAGAAUUGGUCAAGCCUGGUUUAAGAGAGGCGUUUGAGAACGAUAAAUGUAACUGGUUUCCUCGUUCCGAUACAACUGAACAUGCGAAAUACGACAGGAGAGAACCGGGAUUGUUUAAAGUGGAAUGGGAAGGGGAUGGAAUUGUAUCUUUAUGUAGUAAGACGUAUUAUUGUUUUGGGGAGAGAGAUAAAUAUAGUUGCAAGGGUGUAAAUAAGAAAAAUAAUGUAAUUAAUAAAGAUAAAUAUUUAGAUGUGCUUUUAAGUAAACGUAGUGGGUCGGGUGUAAAUAGAGGUUUUAGGGUUUUAAAUAAUACUAUGUGUACAUAUGUUCAAGUUAAAAACGCUUUUAGUUAUUUUUAUCCAAAACGUAAAGUUUUGGAGGACGGUGUGUCAACAAUUCCUUUAGAUAUUUAGUUUGUAAAUAGUCAAUAUAUAUUUUUUCAAAAACAUGUUGUGUAUUUCUCUCGGGCAAACCCCCUCUCCCAUGCAGAGUUUCAGGGACAAAAUAAGUCCCGCACGGGACAAACAGUCCCGCAGGGACACUUUGAGCGUUUCCGGGACUUCCGGGACAAAAAAAGUCCCGUGCGGGACAUUUAUAUAAGAGAUGGGAGUCAGGUAAGGUCUUCAUUCUACAUCAUGCCUCGAAAGCGUAAAGACUGUCCGAUUUGUGGUAAGAAAAAUUUGUUGAAAUUAUCUAACCAUUUAGCAGGUGUUCAUGAAAUUUCCACCGCACAAAGACAACCUUUCCUUAUACGUGCCAAAUGUGCACCUUUGGACUUGGAAGUAGUUUUAACUGAAUUGUAUAGACUCAUUGGACGCAUGAUAUAAAUAGUGA